ACGAAGUUUAAGACGACGACGAAGAACGUAAACAGGAAGUCACAAAAAGGCGAAUGGUGUGUUUUGUUGACGAUAAAGUCUAUCGUUAUUACAGUAAAUAAUCCUUGGGAUCCACACACAAACUCAAAAUGGGGAAGCGACAGCACCAAAAAGAUAAAAUGUACAUCACAUGUUCUGAGUACACACACUUCUAUGGAGGGAAGCAAACAGUAAUCCCACAGGCAAACUUCAGACGGCUUUCAUUUGACCACUGCAGCUUGUCCCUGCAGCCCUUUGAGUAUCCUGUGUGUACUGAGGAGGGAGUCGUCUUUGACCUGCUGAGCAUUAUUCCAUGGAUCAAGCGGUAUGGUACUAAUCCGAUCUCUGGAGAGAAACUGGAAGUAAAGUCCCUCAUCAAACUUAACAUUGCCAAGAACAGCGAUGGAAAGUAUCACUGCCCUGUUCUGUACAACGUGUUCACAAAUAAUUCUCACUUUGUGACCAACAAGGUCACCGGCAACGUGUAUUCUUAUGAGGCUGUUGAGCAACUCAACAUUAAGACCAAAUGUUAUAAAGACCUGCUGACCGACGAACCCUUCACCAGAAAGGACAUUAUAGUGCUUCAGGACCCCACAAACCUGGAUAAAUUCAACGUGUCUGACUUCUUCCACGUAAAAAACAACCUGAAGUUGUUGGAUCCCGAUGAGGAAAAGGCCAAGCUGGACCCGGCGUACCACCUGAAGACCACCAAUCUGGAAACCAGGGAGACCUUAGCUGAGCUGUACAAAGACUACAAGGGGGACCAGCUCCUGGCUUCCACUAUGAAGCAGCCAGUGGCCAAGAAGACAGACGCACUAAACGCUGCCCACUACUCUACAGGCAGAGUUUCUGCCUCCUUCACAUCCACAGCCAUGACUCCUGCAACAACACAAGAAGCAGAUGCCAUCGCAGACGACACCGUGCGUUACCAGUAUGUGAAGAAGAAGGGAUACGUCCGGUUACACACAAACAAGGGAGACCUGAACCUUGAGUUGCAGUGUGAUAAGGUUCCCAAAGCUGGAGAGAAUUUCAUCCGUCUGUGUAAAAAAGGCUACUAUGAUGGGACGGUCUUCCACAGGUCCAUCCGGAAUUUCAUGAUUCAAGGAGGGGACCCCACUGGCACCGGUACAGGAGGGGAAUCCUUCUGGGGAAAACCUUUCAAGGAUGAGUUUCGGCCCAACCUGUCUCAUACCGGCCGCGGGGUUCUCAGCAUGGCAAACUCUGGUCCAAACACCAACAAAUCUCAGUUCUUCAUCACGUUCCGGUCGUGCACCUACCUCGACAGGAAGCACACCAUAUUUGGAAGAAUUGUUGGUGGAUUUGAGGCACUCACAGCCUUGGAGAACGUGGAGAGUGAUCCCAAAACAGACAAACCAAAUUCUGAGCUCAAGAUCAUAACUGCCACCGUGUUCGUCGACCCGUACGAAGAGGCUGAUGCUCAGAUCGCAGCGGAGCGAGAGAAGGAGUUGCAGAAGCAGGAGGAUGAGAGGCAGCAGACCAGCAUCGCCCAGAAAAAAACUAAGGAGGAUCAGGCGCCAAAGACCUUCAAAGCGGGUGUGGGGAAAUACAUCAACCCUACCCCAACAAAACGUUCGGCUGCUGUAGACGAAAGCGGUCCGUCCACCAGCGGCGCAGCGCCCAAGAAAUCCAAAGCCAAGACCAACUUCGGAGACUUCAGCUCCUGGUAGCACCGACACGUUCUGCGUUUACCAGUCAGAAUAUUUACUGGUCGGUUUGAGUUUGAUCAAAAUUAAUUUCAUUCAUACUUUUGUCUAUCGUCUCUCAGUUGUGUUGGUAUCUUGUGAAACGAUUAAAGUUACUUUUUACAAA